AUGGGAAAGGCCCAUCUAUCCUGUUUUAAAGAGCUAAUUAAUAAGGGAAGAAAAUGGGAAUAUUUAGUAACAUUACAGAAUCACGACAUUCAAAUAAAAACUAACGAGGAAAUGGUUCAAAUAUUUAAAUGGCUUGAUGGGGCUUGUGAUGCCGAAUUCGAUGUAAACGGUUCAGGCCAACUCGCACGAAUAGCUCAUCUUUUAACAGUAUCUAAUUGGACUUUUGAAUCACUACAUGUUUUUAAAAACGGUUGA